AUGGAUAACAAUCAAGAUUCAAAUAUUCUUAGAUUGGUGGUUUCAAGUGUCUCAAUCAAUUUAAUACAUUGUUUGAAUAACAAAUACGACAAAAAUAAAGAAAAAAUUCUUCAAAGGCAACAAGAUCCUAGUGUACAAUCAGAGUAUUAA